CUGCAACUCUUCAUCUUUCACUGGGGCUGCUGCUGGACGCUGCUCUCUCCCACUCCCGCAGCGUUUCAGAGGACUCUGCAUGUCGCUUCGCUUGGAGAAAUUUCUGUAUUUAUCUACUUUUAGCCUUACGCCUGAACUUGCUCAAAGUAGCCAGGAGAUCACAGAAAAAUGGGUCCAUCUUUCAGUAACUCAACAUUCCAGUCCAAAAUAACAGAAUCAGCUGAUAUUGUUGUUGGAAUAUGUUAUAUGGUAUUUGGAAUAUGCUCCUUGUGUGGGAACAGUAUUCUCCUAUACAUCUCCUACAAGAAAAAGAAUUUGUUGAAACCAGCCGAAUACUUCAUUAUAAAUCUUGCCAUCAGUGACCUCGGUAUGACUCUGACACUGUACCCUCUAGCUGUAACCUCCAGCCUUUCACACAGGUGGCUGUAUGGGAAACAAAUUUGCUUGUUCUAUGCAUUUUGUGGAGUGCUGUUUGGAAUCUGCAGUCUCUCAACACUGACAUUGCUGAGCACUGUGUGCUGCCUCAAAAUUUGUUUUCCAUCUUAUGGGAACAGAUUCAAGGGAGAACAUGGAAAAAUCUUGAUAGUGUGUGCCUGGAGUUAUGCAGCAGUUUUUGCCUGUUCCCCCCUAGCUCACUGGGGAGAGUAUGGAGCCGAACCAUAUGGAACAGCCUGCUGCAUUGACUGGCAUUCCACCAACAUAAACGCCAUAUCCAUGUCGUACAUCAUAGUUCUCUUUGUUUUCUGUUUUAUUCUCCCUUGUGGAGUAAUUGUCACUUCCUACUCUCUUAUUCUGAUAACUGUGAAAGAAUCCAGGAAAGCAGUGGAACAGCAUGUCUCUGGUCCUGCCAGGAUGAGCAGUGCACAAACCGUUACUGUCAAGCUGAGUGUUGCUGUAUGCAUUGGAUUUUUUGCUGCCUGGAGCCCUUAUGCCAUCAUUGCCAUGUGGGCAGCUUUUGGAUCAAUAGAUAAGAUUCCUCCAUUAGCCUUUGCUGUGCCAGCUGUCUUUGCAAAGUCCUCUACACUUUACAAUCCGAUUAUAUAUCUCCUCCUGAAGCCAAAUUUCCGAAACACCAUUGCCAAAGAUUUCACAGUUUUUCAAAAGUUAUGCAUCAGGAGUUGUUUUUGUGGCAAGGCACCGGACAACUACAGAAUGACUUUGAAAACCAGCCUGCGAACACUUAAUGGCAAAAAUGAAUCAAGCUGUAAUUCUCUACCAGUUGUGGAAGAAUGUUCUUGUUUCCUCCCUGAGAAACACAGUGGUACUUUUGAAUGCUCUCAAAACAACCCAAAAUGUUGCCAGGAGAAGCUAAGCACUACAAAACUCUCUCCUCAACAAACUGUCCCCCUGGAGAGCAACUUCCAAUCAAAAAUGAGACAGCGUAGUAAGAAGUCAGAAAAGGUGGUUGUGUGGGGAGAGAAAAGCACCGAAACUGACACCUUGGAAAUCACCUUGGAAACAGUAUCUGUACAUCAGACAUUUACAGACAUCUAGAGCUGCUUGCAUAAAGCCCUCUGACAGUAAUGUUAUACUGGAUUUAUGAAUGUAACUUUUUCUAGAGUCCUUCUACUACUGUAUUUUUGUAGACUAUUUUCCUGUUUUUUUGUUGUACUCUUUGAUGAGACACAUGCUAGAGCAUGCACGUGCUAUAAAUGCUGCAUGAUUCUCCCCAUGCCAACUUAACUACAUUGUGCUAUCUUCACAUCACAAACUGUCCGACAAAUCCUCUCUUAGCAUCCUUUUACUCCAUUUUCAAGGGAAUACCCUAACCGUUGAGAGAUUUUCCAUAAAGUGUUGCUGUCCUUUCUAAACUGCGGAUGUUUUAUAUUCUAUCUGCUCAAAACAAAUAAUGUGGAGUUUUAAAAGGACAAGCUCAUCCUGUUUUAAUUGUUAUAGCAACUGAAAAGGUAGAUACUAACCACAAUGCCUGUUUUGCAAGAAAUUAUGUUGAACAACUACAUAUGUUGCAUUUACUGGGAGUCAUGGGUCACAUUUUUCCUUGCUUUGAGAUGAACAGGCAGGUUCUGACCUCAUUCCCCAUAAAUAAAAUCAAAAUAUUUCUGGUGAUUCAAGAUAGUACGUAACUUUUGUUUACAUUGUGGGGUAUAGCUUCCUUUUACCCUUCAGAGUUUUGUACAUGAACAAUACUUAAGAUGUAUUUUAUUAGAUUUCCAUAGCCAUCUAUAUGUUUAAAAUACAUGGCCUGAUGAAGAGAACAAAAUGUUUACAGGGCAUUACAGAAAAGAGAGCCUCCCCAACACGAAAAAUACCAGGUUUCUUCAGGAACUCUGAAAAAAGCAAUCAGAAAAGGCAGCUGGAAUUUGAAUGUUCAGAAAGUCUUUUCAGUGCGUGUUUUCUCGAAGACCUCCCAAGACGUAUGGGUCAGCAGCGCAGUACAAAUAGCAACCUAGUUUUGUGAGGCUGCAACUACUGCAACCUCUGUCUUUGACUGCAGAUGAGGUGGGAUCAAGCUUUCAGGACCUUUCGGCAAUGCUGACCUUUUCAGAUGGUGAAUCAGUGAAAAACAGAAGUGGAAGCUGCGUUCAGAUGUCAUCUGGUUCUUUCUACUUCAAGUCCUAUUGACAUCAGUGCAUGAAGCUGAAUAAGCAAAUAAAUCUCUGGAGGACUCACUGACAAAGGCAUAUGUUUGGAAGUUUUAACUGGCAUAUCAUUGCAAAGCCUCAGCCCAUCACACUAUCAGAGGACAAAAACUUAUAAUCUGCAUUGUGUGGAGGGGCUGCACACCCAGCUCCUGUACAGAUGUUUGAAAUCCCAGUGCAUUGCUCCAAAAUAAACAGAAAAGUCUUGAGGGUCUUUGUAAUGUGACUGUUUUUUGAGUUGUGCCGCUUAUUGUCUACAUGGUGAGAUACUGUUAUGAUCUACUAGUCUAAACGACAAAUAUGAUUAUUCUAAUGGAACUACAUAAGGAAGUUAGGAAAUCUGAAGUCUCCAUUCUUGAUUUGCACUAGAUGCUACUUUUUUAUGUUUAUGCAAACAUAGAUUUAUGUAAUGCCUAUUUGUUAAUGUGAAGAAAAAACUGCUGUAUCUCUUUUAUGUUCCUUUAAAGUGUCAUUGGUCUGUCUGAAUGUGGCUGUCAACACUGAGUAUAGAGUAAAACAUUUACGUAGAAGGUCAUUGUCAACUUUGAGUAGAACAUGUGACAUUUUUAAAAUGACUAUAGUAUCCAUGCCAGCUUCUUCUAUAAGUAAAUGGAAGGAAUAUUGUGCCUUUGCAGAGAAUUCCCCGUAUAUUAAACAUUAAGAAUGACAGUGUACUCAGACUAUAUUCCCAGUACGUAGAGGGUGGAAGUUUUCUCUCUUGUGUGAGUAGGUUUUUCUGUAGCAACCAUAAUCUCCAAGAAAUUCUUCAAACCUACCAGAUUUUGGAUUUUCCCAUCUGUUGUUCAUCAGGGUUAGUCAUAAGUUACUGCUAGUAAGUGUAUGUGUAUAUCA